AUGAAUGUAAAAAUAUCAAAAAUAUCGGUGUCCAGUCUGUGCGUCAUCAGGUUGAACUUCCUGGUCUCUCGGCUCCUAGGACUAGCUCCAUUCGAGUUCGUGCGAUCAGAGACGUCACUCGAGGACAAAAAACUCAAGAGAGAGACUCUCACUUUCCGGUAUUCCCGCACAGGUGCUGCUUCCAAUCUCAUUUGGAUGCUUGUGGUAUCAAUUCUGCACUAUAAUUUCGUGUACACCGCGUGUGUCGAGGAGAGGGACGACGGGUCCCUCACAUCCAAGGCCAUAGGGAUAUGUUUAGCGAUGAAUGGUCUAGUAUUGCUGACAUUUUUACCGCUGAAAUACCUCUUCGAGCAAAGAAAAAUCGUCAGCUUCGCCAAUCGCCUCAUGAAAAUAGACAAAUCAUUGAACGAACUGCGAGACGUUUAUCACCUGAACAGCGGAAAUGUUCGACUAUUACUCAUGACAGUGGCUCAUUUAAUCUGCUGCCUGCUGGUCCUCUUUUCUGAGUCAAUUCUGCUGCAGAAUUCCGCCGCGUCGAUAACUAUUUACGUAGGGCAGACCGUCGUACUUACGUUCUACAUAACACAGUAUGCAUUAGUGGUAACGCUAAUGGAAAAGCGUUUUGCGAGCCUGAACGACGCUUUACUCCGGAUAAGCACGAAUAAUGUUCGAACGUACACCCUGACCGCGUCACAACGGUCGCUUAAUAGAUCUGUCACUGUCGAAGUGAUGAUUAUCAAACGUGCGUAUGUAAUAUUGUCCGACAUGUGCCGGGAAAUUGCUGACUUUUACGCUGCCGCGACGAUAUUUAUUGUCAUACAUUUCUCCACAUCGAUUAUGUACAGUUCGUAUUUGAUGAUCAUAACGCCGAUGAUCAAGACGUGGGGGAUAGGGGUGUUUUUAGAUUAUGUUAAUACUGGUUUUUGGCUGCUGUUUGAGCUUGCACCGUUGACCGUGCUGGUCACCAGUGCUGCACGAGCUUCUAAGGAGAUGAAACGAACUUCCGAGGUUGUUCACAGGUUAUUAGCGACGUGUGCGGCGAGUCGGGAGUUUAGACGAGAACUGAAGAACUUCUCGCUCGAUUUGCUACAUAGGAACUUCAAGUUCACGGCUUAUGAUAUGUUUUCGCUUGAUGCGAGUCUUAUGAAUUCUAUAUUCAGCGCCAUUGCGACGUAUCUCGUUAUCUUCCUCCAGUUCCAAAUAAAGAAUUCAGUAUACAUGAGGGACGAGAUGACUACCACGGCUAUCUCGCACCUCGAUUCAGAUGUGACUUCGCUACCAUAA